AUGGCGUCUCCAGCAUCCUUCGUCAGCUACGACAGUGAUGGCAGCGAAAACCGCAUUUCUUCGAUGCAGAAGCUCGGCAAGGGUGAGCCGGUCGACAACGAUGAGUUCGAGAUGUGGAUGAAGUCGAAGCAGCUGCUCAAGCCGGAUGACCAGCUCGACCUGACCGAGGCGGAACUGGGCGAGGACAUCCCGAAGCUGCUGUCGACCGAGAACCGGCAUCUCCCGCGCAACCUGGUCGUGUACGAUUUUCGGGAAGGCGCGUUCCUGCCGGUUCCCCCGCCCGAAAACACCAUCACGCUGCUGGAGUUCGAGGGCACCUCGAUCCACAAGGACACCGAUGAGGCGAAGGAGCAAAUCUCGCGCAAAGGAACUGACGAGUUAAACGUCACGCUGGACAAACCGAAGGAGUCUCUCGCCGAAGACCAGGAGGAACCGAAAAAGCCCGACACACCGGAAACUGGUGAUGGCGAAGAGGGUGAGCGGGACGAAGAUGAAGCUGACGGGGAGGGCGAAGGCCAAGAGCAGGAGGAGGAAGUGCAGGCCCCACAGGAGGAGGAAGCCCCGAAGAAGAAGCUAACCAAUCAGUUCAAUUUCUGUGAACGUGCUGCCCUCACCAUCGCGAACCCAUCGCGGUCGGUCGAUACGCAAACGAUUCCGCCGCCCAGAUCGACGCACGGGGCCAGCGUGCUGCAGUGGGUCAUCUACGACUCCUACAUCGAGGACUACGCUCAGCAGCAGCGGGAGAAGGAGCGCGAGAAGGAGAAGAAGCCGGGACUGCAGCGCCGCGACGAGAAGUCCCGGAAGGACGAGAAGGCCAAGCAAGCGGAAGAGUUCAACAAGCGAUACCUGCAGGCGUGCCAGAUCAUCGAGCGGAUGGUAAACCAGAACAUCUACGACGAGAUCGCGCAGGAUUACCGCUACUGGGAGGAUCCGUCGGACGAGUUCCGCGAGGAGGAGGGCACCCUGCUGCCGCUGUGGAAGUUUUCGUACGAGAAGACGAAGAAGAUGUGCGUCACCGAUUUGUGCUUCAACACGCUGUACUACGAUUUGUUCGCCGUCUGCUUUGGCACGCUGGACUUCAUGAAGCAGAACGCGGAAGGUGCCGUCUGUUUGUUCACGAUCAAGAAUCCCUCCUUUCCGGACUACCGCAUUGCCACCGAGAGCGGGGCUAUGUGCUGUGACAUACACCCGAAGUACCCGUACCUGAUAGCGAUCGGGCUGUACGAUGGCAACGUGAUCGUUUACAACCUGCAGGUGGGCACCAAGGAUCCGGUCUACAUUUCGCACGGAGUCAACGGCAAGCAUGCCGAGUGCGUGUGGGAGAUCAAGUGGGGCCCGGACAUGCAGGACGGUGAGAUCAACUUCUUCUCGGUGUCGGCCGACGGAAAGGUCUUCAACUGGGUGCUGAUGCAGAACAAGCUGGCCAUCACCACGAUCAUCUCGCUGUUUCUCGACAUCGAUCAGAUUUGCGGCCCGGACGGCAGCGCGCUUCGGCUGAAGGGAUGCGGCACCUGCAUGGUGUUCCAUCCGCACAACACGGAAAUUUUCCUUGUCGGCACCGAGGAAGGCUACAUCUUCAAGUGCAGCACGGCGUACAGCUCCAAAUAUUUGAUGACCUACUAUGCGCACUACUUGCCCGUCCACCGUAUGGACUACAAUAAGUUCAAUUCCAAUAUCUUUGCCUCUUGUAGCGGCGACUGGAGGGUGAAAAUUUGGGAGGAUAUGCGCCCUGAGCCGUUGUUCAUCUUUGACCUCGGGUCGUCGGUGGGCGAUGUGAGGUGGGCCCCUUACUCAAGCACCGUUUUCGCGGCCGUGACGACCGAGGGGAAGGUCUUCGUGUUUGACCUGAACGUGAACAAGUACAAAGCUAUCUGCACCCAAGCGAUCGUUUCGAAGCGCAAGAACAAGCUCUCCCGGCUAGCGUUCAAUCAGAAACUUCCGUUCAUUAUCGUUGGCGACGAUAAGGGAACGACGAUCACGCUGAAGCUCUCGCCGAACCUUCGCAUCAAGACCAAGAUGGGGAAAAAGGCGGGCGUCGUCGAUCCACAGCUGCUUGAAAGCCAGAAGCUGGACCGUUUGCUGUCGCUCGUUCGAGAGCUGCCGGAGGGUGAAACGGUGAAGGAAACUGUGUCGACCGUUGCAUCAAACUAA